UGAGAUGUAUAUGGUGUGGCUCAGCGCGGAUGCUGUAGGUUGGCUGCUCCUCGGGCUGUAAUGUAUACAGAGGGUGUGUAGAUGGCGCAGGGCUGUGUGGCGGAGACUGGAGCUGGGAUUUCGGGGCACUCCCGGUUGAGUUGAGUGGAAGAUGGCGGCUGAGGAUCGGGAGAGGGACCAGGCCCGCAGUGACAACGCCAGGCACAAGAGGAAGGAGCAGCUGAAGCGCUGGCUGGGCUCGGAUACCGACCGCGAGUCGGAGCGGCCCCGCACCAAGCAGCUGCGGGUCAAGUUCGCCGAGGGCGCAGUGUUCCUGGCCGCCUGUUCGAGCGGGGACCGGGAGGAGGUGGAGAAGCUGCUGCUGCAAGGAGCUGACAUCAACUACACCAAUGUGGACGGUCUGACCGCCCUGCACCAGGCCUGCAUCGAUGAAAACCUAGACAUGGUCACUUUUCUGGUGGAGCAUGGAGCUAACAUUAAUCAGCCCGACAAUGAAGGUUGGACAGCAUUACACGCUGCUGCCUCGUGUGGUUUCAUGGAGAUUGCAGAGUAUUUAAUUAAACAGAGGGCGAAUGUUGCAGCUGUGAACAGUGAAGGGGAACUGCCAAUUGACAUUGCUCAGGGUGAAGCUAUGGAGAAACUGCUCAAAGAUGUCAUAAAGAAGCAAGGGAUUGAUGUGGAGGUAGCCAGGAGGGAGGAAGAGCAGCGAAUGGUCCAGGAUGCCAGGCAAUGGCUAAAUCGAGGGAAAAUAGAAGAUAUUCGACAUCCAAAAACUGGAGCCAGUGCCCUUCAUGUUGCUGCAGCCAAAGGCUACUUAGAGGUUAUAAAGUUGUUAAUCCAGGCUGGCUUCGAUGUGAACAGCCUAGACAAUGACGGUUGGACUCCAUUGCAUGCAGCAUCGCACUGGGGCAAAGAGGAGGUGUGCAAACUGCUAGUGGAGAACCUGUGCAACAUGCAGGCCAUCAAUAAAGUGGGUCAAACAGCAUUUGAUGUUGCAGAUGAAAACCUCUUGGAGAUGUUGGAGGAGCUUCAGAAGAAACAAGCCGUUAUGAAAAUGGAGAAGGAAAAACAAGCCAAGAUGGAUGCCUCCCUGAUUGAAUUGUCGAAUGCCUCACAGCAACUUCCGACCAGGACCAGGAGGACUUCUAUUUCCCGUAUGAGCAGCAAAGAUAAAAUCUCAAUGCAUGAGAAGGAGCGCAAGACCUUAGAGUCUGUGAUGCUGGAACAUGUCAAUGAUGACGAAGAUAGGAAAAAGUUGAAUGGCUCAAGUUCUGAGGAGGAGAUGCCAAAUGAAGCUAAAUCAGAAGCUGAGAAAACAAAAGCCCGACUCAACAUGAACAACCUUAGCACCAAACUGGGCAUGACAGACUCCAUCCUUCCAUCCUCCACUGUACCCAGUGGAAUCAACAAGAGGUUUACAGGCCCCCCUGCCAAAACGGCUGCCCAGGAUGAGGAGAAGAAGGAGCAGCAGUCUCCUGCAGCGUGGCGCACUGCCCUCCGCAAAACGGGCAGCUAUGGAGCCCUCAACAACUUGCAACCACCACAAGAGGAGCAGAAAGGAAAAGAGGUGGGCAUUAUCCGAUCAGCAAGUAGUCCCAAACUGACUCUGGCUGAAACCAAGGAAAAGGAGAAGGAACCCCGAUUAGCCCGAGUGCCACCCACUCCAACAAGGAAGCUCUUCACUAUUGGAGAUACCAAUGAAGAUAAAACUAGUGACUCCACAGUCCCUUUGUCUCGAAGUACCUCUUACAAAGGGCAGCGAGAGGAUGACUCUGGCAAUCCAUUGACCAGCCUGACCCGGGGUUCAUCCUACACACGUAGACAGACAGAAUUGGAGAGCAGCAAAAGAGAUAAAGACUUGAAUAACACAAUACCGAGCAGCGCAGGUAUCUCCACGGCUGCAGUGUCUGGUUAUCCAAAAAGUCACUUCUUCCUGAGAACAAUAGGCCGCAGUUAUAGUGCACAAGACUUCACAGCUCGUUCCAGAACCCUGUCAAGUGUGGCUUCAAACCAUAAUGUUACUAACUCUGACUCUGCUUCUACCAACAUCAUCAUAUUUAAAAGCUCAUCCUUUGGGAGGAGACAGGAAAGUCUUGUCAGCAGUUCAGCCCCUGGUUCUGUCACCACUGUUUCAAGCUCAGGUUUUUCCACCAACCCUGCCAAUAGCCGGGCCCUGACCAUGGGUUCCUCGGCAGCAUCUACAGCCACCAGUGACACAAGCCGCUCCAUGACUCGAAACCAAGUUGGACAUGGAACAGACAAAGAAAGUAAUCCGACCACACAAAGCAAUGGCUCUGGCACAGAAACCCGUGAGAGACGCAGAUCCUACCUCACUCCAGUCCGUGAUGAGGAAGCUGAAGCACAAAGAAAGGCACGCUCGCGACACGCCCGCCAAUCUCGCAGAUCAACGCAGGGUGUGACACUGACAGACCUGCAAGAGGCUGAAAAAACAAUUGGAUUGCGGCGUGACAAGAAAACUGCAGAGCAGGAGAAAGACAAAGAAAAAGAAAAGGAAGAGAAGGAAGCAGAAGCAAAAGAUGCAGCAUCCAAAUAUAGAUAUAGUAGGACCAGUCAAGAUGAGGAGAAGAACUGGCGGUCAAGAUUAGCCAACUUACAAAAAGCAGAUCUGCUGGGCCUCACCUCCUCUACAGAUUCCAAUCGUUCCAGUGUUCCUGCCUACACCUGCCACAAUGCUGUGGAGCCACUGGACAACAAAGAAUUGGAGAAAGCUAAAGAGGAGGAGAAGGAAUCGGAUGACUCAUCAUUCAAGAGAUCUGGUACCAGGGACCGGAGACGGCCAAGGGGAAAAAGAAGAUCAACAGGUGUGCAUUCCAUAUCGCAAGAUGAUGACAAUGACCAGGAUAACUCUGGUGACGAUGUGGUGGAAUCUGAAAAGAGGCAGAUUGAUUAUCUAACCAGGGGAUAUACCUCAGGAAGCAGCCAAGGGCAUCUUGCAAACAAAGAGGGGUCUUCAUACUCGGAUACUAGCUUGCAACCUACUCAAAUAGGUCAAGGGGAGAUUGAGAUCGAUAAAAGAGGCUACAGAAAGCUGUAUGAAGAGCUUCAAAGAAAGAAUGUCCAACUUCGGGACCAACUGCAGGAGGUGCAGAUGCAGAUCGCACAGACAAAGCUGGAGCUAGAGAAGGCCACGCAGAUGCAAGAAAGGUUCGCAGACAGAACUGUCCACUUGGAAAUGGAAAAGAAAGAGCGGAAGGCUUUAGAAAGAAGAAUUUCAGAACUUGAGGAAGAAUUAAAGGUUUUAACAGAUUUGAGGGCUGACAAUCAAAGACUGAAAGAUGAAAAUGGUGCACUGAUUCGUGUCAUCAGCAAACUCUCCAAGUAAUUGGCGUUCACGUCAACACUUGCACAAAGCUUUCCAGAGUGGUGGGAUGUACUCCACAGGUCUCCAUGUCUAGAUGCUUGCCUCACCUCCUUUACCUGGAGGGAAUGCUAAUCAAGCCACGCCUAUUGCUGUUACAAUAGCACCUGGACUACUGCCCUGGAUAGUUUUGAAAGGCAUGUUCAAUGAAGUCUAUAAAUGAUGCUCAUAACUGGUACAUGUAUCGACAAGCUGCUGAAGGACAGUGAGGAAUGGUUAUUUCGGGAGCCCAUGAUAAAUACAACUGUCCCACUCCCCACACAAGGACAUUCUACAUUUGCCUGACUUUGCUGAUGAGAUUAUAAAAAGGGCGCUUUACUUUGCUCAUUGUUUGUGAACAGUUGAAGAAAUGGAUGUUCAUGGAUCAGAUUCAGAGCAAGGCAGGUCUGCUUGACUGACUCUUCUUUUUGCAUUGUUUUAUAAGGGAAUAGAACAGAACAAGACUUAAAGCCAUUUUUAAAAAAUUCCUGCAGUAUUUUUUGGACCAAGAACACGUUUACCAAAAAUUCAUCUUCACCAAAGCUUCCGACCUAAUACACAAAACGUAACUUUCCUGGCAUGCACAGUCUUUCAUUGAUGAAAUGCUCUGCAGACGUGGACUUAGAAGAGGUGGUUAAGAUGCCCUUACACCCUCGUCAAGAACCCUUUGCCUCCCAAAAAUAAGCUGCACUUAGAUUUGUGAUCCACCUUAGUUGAUCAUUAGCCCUGCUAACUAUAAGAGAAGCAACAAAAAAAGAAAAAGAGAAGAAGAGACAGCCAUUGAGGGUUACUUUUUAACAUGAGGGGUUGAACCCAGGCAGUGGCACCAUACGUAAUCGAGUAUAGUUUAAAAAUAGCUUGAACGUCAGAGUCAUUGUUUAGACUCUGGUAUGUGGGUUUGAAACUGCAAUAGCAUAAGAGCAGCAACAGUUGAAGGAUUCAUCCUAACAUGGAUAGAUUGUGAAAGAUGUGAUACUAUCACUGGAGCAGUUAAUGCUGCUGCUGCUGCUGCUGCUGCUAAUUGUCAAGGCUUUCCUUUUUUAUCAGGGGGAUGUAGAAAGGGUAAAAAGCUGCACCUACAUCUGUGCACAGAAAUGUUUCUCAGUGUGAGCACUCAGAGUUUGAAUUGCACUAUAUUUUUCUGCCUGCUAACUAGUUGGUUUUGAUCUCUCCCCAUUUCUAAAACAGAAAAAAAACUACCCCCAAUUUUAAAAUCUCUCUCCUGCCCCUCUCUUGCCAAAAAUAAAUCUUCUCAGGUCUUUCCUGUAUCCUGUACCAAAAUAUCAGCUAUUCUGAACAAUCAGCACUUUCCACUUUCUUUGCCAAAAGAAAGAAACACAGAAUGAGCAAUAUAAACAAAGUAGUCAGAAUCUAAAGUACCAUGGUACCAAAGAAGUAUGUGUGUUUACAACAGUAUAUAAUUUGCAGAUCCUUUUAUAAUACAGCCUUUCAUACUGGUGCUGAUAAAAAGCCCUUCCUUGUGGUGCUAUUGAAGAGCAAAUGGCUACAGUCUGGACUCUUACAUUGCUCCACUUGUAAGGCAACUACAACUCUUUCCACUUCCCUCAGAACAUCUCAAAUUCCUGUGGUUAUUAUUGAAAGCGUGAGAUAGUAAAAGCAUUAACAAGAGAAUUAGUUGGUUAUUCUGCUUUUGGUGUUGACUAAGGAAAGGGUGCAAAUCAGGGCACCAGAGCGAAGUAUAUUGCUCCUCUUUAAAAGUGAAUCUGGGAUCUUAAUCUCCACCAACAUAGGUGACUACAUACUUGGUUCAGUAUUUCAUGCUCAGGGUGGCUCCUUGUCAGUGCAGUAUUCCCCCACUAUUGUAAGCCCAUAUUCUGAAGUCCUAGAGUGGGGCUUGAAGCCCAAGCCUCCAGACUUGGACAGCAAUGCUACUGAUCAAAUCAAUGAAUUGGAAUAUAAGCAAGAGACAUUUUUUUUAAAAUGCACAAAUAUCUGUGAUAUGAGUAUGGUGGCCUCUUGCCCAAAUUGGUUACCUGCCUCCACUAGGUGAUUUUCUUUAAUAUUGGUGUAGGCCUCACUAUUGCCAAAAAAACCCACAACCUCAUUGAUGCAGUUAUUUGAUGAAAAUGUUCAUGGAAUCCAGUCAAAAGAUUGAUGAUCAAUCUGAUUAAGGAUAUUGUUUCCUAAAUUAUUCUUUGUGAAGUUGCAUAAGUCACAGUUACAUCAUUGCUAAACCCCAGACUCAUUGCAUAGCCAGCAAAUCAUUUUGGUAGAUAAGUGCAAGGAUUCUGGAGAACAAAUGUUUAGAUGCUUGCUGUUACUCUCUGCACUUUAAAAACCUGAAAGCUCUUAGUCUGCAGUCACUGACAUUCCCCUCAACUGAAUGGGAGAUUCUCUGGUCUAUUUCUGAUGAGGAUCCAAGCAAGCACUUGCUCCUGAACUGAGGAAUCUGCUGUUGCAAAUAGAACAGUGACUAACUGAUCUGAAAAUGUAGUGACCAAGCAAUAUUGUGACACUUCUGUGAACUUGGCAAUUGGCUGGGUGUCUCAAGAAAGUAUUGUCCUUUUGCUUUGGAAGACUGAGUAUUGCUGCCCCAAGGCAACACCAGCACAUUUACAUGACCGAAAUGUCUACACUUGUCCACUCAAGCCUUGUGGACUUUCCCAACAUCACCUAUAACAAGUUGUCAUCCUUUGUCUGUUCCUUGGUUGGUGAUCUCACAGAAAGUUGGAAUAUUCAUUAUGUUACUGUACUGUGAAUGGUAUGCUGACAGAUUUUAGUGGCAAGAGAUUAGGGUCAGAUACAAUACAAUGUAAUACAGCACAGGAGCUGACCCUUUGGCCCAUCAAAUUUACACUAAUUCCUAAUCCUUUAUUUAGACCCGCUACUUAUUGCCCAUAUCUAUCCUUCUGUUUGCUUCCCAAUCAUUUGGCUAUAAGAUACACCUUAAAUGUUGCUAAUGUGCCUGAAUUCUAGGCACCUACUACCCUCUGUGUGAAAAAUUUUCACCGCACUUCUCCCCUUAAUGUUCCCCCUCUUCAACUUGUGCCCACUUGUAGUUGACCUUUUCACCUUGAGAAAAAGCCUCCGACUAUCAACCUAUAUAUGCAUCUCAUACUUUUGUAGAUCUCUAUCAGGUUGCCCCUCCAUCUUUCCAGUGAAAAUAAUCUGAGUUUAUCCAACCUUUCCUCAUCACUAAAACUCUCCAGACCAGGCAGCAUCCUGGUAAACCUUCUCUGCACCUCUUCCAAAGCAUCCAUGUCCUUCUGGUAGUGUGAUGACCAGAAUUGAGACAUCCACCAUUCAAGAGGUCUUUAGAUUUGUACAGCAAGUACAAAUCAUGUACACAUGUACACAUUAAGAUGAACAAGAGUUGGAACAGCCAGACUCUGUAAAGUUAGAUUUAGGAAGUAGUUCAGUAAAAGGUAGAAUGGAUGAUGAUUGUUUGGCACACUUGGAGGCAACAGAGAUGAACUGAACCAUUCAAUAUCUCAGUCUUUCUUUGAGUCAAUAUGAAGGAGCAAAUUCCAGAGUUAUAUGUUGAUGGCCAAAGCAAAUGGGUUAUAUUAACAAUGAUCUUGCUAGUCUUUUAUUUAAUUUGGUGAAAGGAUGACUGUGCUUAUGUACUUGCCAAAUAUCGGAAUGAAACUGCGUAAAUUAACAGUAUUUCAGUAAAGGUGCUCUGCGAGAAUGAAAUGCCAUGAGAAUGAAAUGCCCCAAGAAUGAGUAGGAAGUAUUUAUUCCCACAUCUGUGCAUACAUUGGUGCUUCCCUGUUUAUAGCCAUUAUCCUCUUGAAUUUGAAAGCAGAGAAUAGAUUUGUACAUUUAGGAAAAGGGAGCAGGAAUGGGGCAGGGGCUUCCUUCAUGCUGUGUACCUAAUGGGUGAACACAGUGCACGUGCUCCAUCACUUGUGCAAUAAUGCUGAGUUUUGUCUUUUAUGCAAUAAUGUAUAAGUUACUUUUCUAUAUGCUUGCCAACAAAUUGCACAAUGUCUUAUUGUAUAAAAUCCACAAAUGUGUUUGAAAUGAGUUCUAUAUAUUUCACCUUCCUCUCAAAUGUAAACUUUAUAUUCUUGUACAUUUGUAUGUUAAUAUUUAAAAGAAAAUUGUUGCUCACCAACUCACAUCAACCACUGGUUAAAAUUUGAUUUGCUCUUGGUAAAUAUGAAGUGAGACAAGUUUCGCUAUAAUGUGUCGUGGUGACUUUGUAUUUUCCAGAGCUGUUUAGCUUUCUAGCUUUACCAUCAGAUUUGAUCAUGGCCUUCAUUUUGAUUUACCCUUCACUUUUGUACCCAGCCUUCACUCUCAGACCUCUGAAUUCUCUUGUUUGAUUCUUGUUAACACACAAUGUCACUGUCUUCACCAGAAUUCCCUCUCAAACCUGGGAUUUAGGCCUGCGUCUCAGUUCUGACCCUCAUUUUUGGAAUUCUUCUGAAAAAAGAAGUUUUGAAAUUCUAGUUAACAUUGAAAGGAUGACAUAAGAUUUAAUGUGUGAUAGUACUUCACUUUUAUUAGCACAACCAAAAACAUGCUGCAAAAAAUGUAGUUUAGCCUGUCCUUUUAAGCAGAUAUUAAGUUCUCCCAGGACCUGUCCAAAAUGACUUUUAAAUACCGCAGAGAUUCGUUCUCUUGUACAGGCUAUACAAAUCAUGCGUUGUCUUGCUGCAUCUCCCAGAUCCUCUCAAACUAACCUUUUCUGAGAGUUUCCUGGGUUAGUUUAGACUCUUGCUCUUAGCCCAUCUCCAUGACAAUGUGAAUCAGAUGAGCCUUGCAUCCUGGUGGAAAUGUUGACUAGCCAACCUUGAGACCUGACCUUUUUUGCACCAAAUGGAUUGGAAGUAAAUGGACAGUUUGGAGCACAGAUGUUUACAACCUGACUUCCUUCACACUUUUCAAGGACUUUGAAGACUAAUUUUGUCCACUAUUCGGACACACUCUGUGGCCAUUUUCUCCAAGUAUAAGCAACUUGCCCCUUCUUCCCAGAAAAAGAUCUGGGCCCUGUUUAGUCUCUAGGAAGACACCAGAACAAUUCAAUUAAUCCAGUCAAUUUAUUUUAAUGAGAAGAGGCCAUCCAAAAAACAUAAUCGCAUAAUUCUAACACAGGGCAUUGCCUGUUUGAGAUGACUGGUAUGAAAAAUAGAAAUGUCAAAAGCCUUUAUUUUGAGAGUGGAGAAAGACCCAAUUUCAAAACAUUAAUUAAGAUAUUUUCUCAACAAUACCAUGUGUUUUUCUGGGAGUAGAUAAUAUUGAUUCUGGGUAUAAAAGUGAAAAUAUAUUCAGAUCUCAGCACUGCCAUCCUUCGUAUUGAUGAGCACAAU